UGCAUUACAUAAAAAAAUAUGAUUCUGUUUUUUUUGGUUGUCUAUCUUUCAAUACUUCAAAAAAGUUUUAUUAAGGCGAUUUGUCUUUUCCCGAAUAGGAAUUUGAGUGAAAAACAAUCGUCUCUUUUUAUUUCCACUAAUAUCAAAUCGGCGAAUAUUGUUCCCACCAUUCUUAUCUCCUUGUCGUCAUUGGGAAUAAUUUAAAUGGGAUCGCUUUAAUAAUCUCUAUAGUUUAUAUUUUUCCAACAUUGGCGUCUUCGUUGAAGCUUUCCACAAAUCUCAAAUCUGUUUGGAGGAGACUCUCAAAUGUAUCCUUCUCUCGACGAUGAUGAUUUCGUCUCUGAUUUGUUUUGCUUCGAUCAAAGUAAUGGAGCAGAACUUGAUGAUUACACACAAUUUGGUGUAAAUUUGCAGCCUGAUCAAGAAGAUACCUUUCCAGAUUUUGCGUCAUAUGGUGUGAAUUUGCAGCAGGAUCCAGAAGAAGUCUUUAGUAUUGGAGCUGCUCAAUUGGAUUUGUCGUCGUAUAAUGGAGUUUUGUCGCAAGAGCCUGAACACGUAGGGCAGAAAGAUUGUGGAAUUGUGCAGGAAGAUGAAGUAGAGAUCAAUUCUGGUUCAUCUGGUGGAGCUGUUAAGCAAGAACAGGAACAUUUAGAUGACGAUUGCUCGCGGAAGCGGGCAAGGACUGGAUCGUGUAGCAGAGGUGGAGGAACCAAAGCGUGUCGUGAAAGAAUGAGGAGGGAGAAGCUAAAUGAGAGGUUCAUGGAUUUGAGCUCGGUUUUGGAGCCUGGGAGGACUCCAAAGACAGAUAAACCGGCUAUACUCGAUGAUGCAAUCCGUAUAUUGAAUCAACUUAGAGAUGAAGCUCAUAAACUUGAAGAAACGAACCAGAAGCUUUUAGAGGAGAUCAAGAGUCUCAAGGCAGAGAAGAACGAGCUGAGGGAGGAAAAGCUGGUGUUGAAGGUGGAUAAAGAGAAAACGGAACAACAAUUAAAGUCUAUGACGGUUCCAUCUUCAGGGCUCAUGCCUCAGAUUCCAGCUGCAUUUAGCCACAACAAAAUGGCUGUUUACCCGAGUUACGGUUACAUGCCAAUGUGGCAUUAUAUGCCUCAAUCGGUUCGUGACACAUCUCGUGACCAAGAACUCAGGCCUCCUGCUGCUUAAACUCUCAAUUGUUUUUUUGGUACCCAUAGGGAAUUUAUAGAGAUCUCUGAAUCACUUGGUUUAGGAUUCUUCCGUUUGGCAAGUGUAAACGCUUUACUCUUGAUCUUGGGUUGUAUUUUUAAUAUAAAAUAAAUAUAACUCCAGAAACUUGUGAUUUUUCUUGUAUCUUGUAGAUUUAUGCAUAGAGACUUUUGACUGUGU